UUGGAAGCUGUUUAUUAAAGAUAUAUUAUUAUUGAAAACCUUCCCCUUUGCUCCGGAAUAUUUUAGAUAUUUAAACCAUCCAGUAUUAAAAGUUCAAAUUUUGGGAUUUAUUGUUUCUGUCGAUAACACUUCUAAGUACGUUGCUUACAAAGUUGACGACGGGACGGCUUUAAUUCGCUGUGUGCAUUGGAGAAGCCCAAAGGGUUUUAAAAAACCGGAACCUGCAACUGGGUUGGAGCUAGGGACCCUCGCACUUUUAAAAGGGAAACUUAAUACUUACAUGGAACAGCGCCAAGUCAAUGUCUAUUCUAUAAAGGAGGUAAAGGACUGCAAUUGCGAAUCUUUUUGGUGGCUUGACAUCUGCUCGCUAAAAGCUACGGUUUACCGAAUUCCCUUAUUGCUUUCUAGUAAUCUUGAGGAAAAUACUUCUUACAAGGAUCCCGUAAACCUAAGUGAAUAUUUAGAUAACCGUAACAAGUUGGUCGCUAAAAAAGAAGUUAAGCCCUCCAGCCCUGAAGAGAUUUGUUAUGAUCUCAUCAAAGCUUUUGCUAUACAGAAAAAAGAAUUCUCUUUUGCAGAACUUAAAGAGUCGGCAUUGCCUGUGUGCCUGGCCGCUUUUGAAGAGCGUAAUUUUUCUAACGUAGAGUGCUGUACGCAUCAGAUGUUUGUUGGCUUGAUACAGAGGCUUGUUAGUGAAGGACUGGUAUUUCUUCGAGAUGCCGAAAAAGACAUCUAUGAAGUGGUGAGUACGGAAUUCAUUGUUGAUUUUAUGAAAAGAACGUUCAAGUUUUACGGUCCUACUCUGCUGCUGGGCGAUCUUCUUCAAUACUCAUUGUCUUUGCUUCUUGAUGAGAGCGAAAUUGUAGAAGUGAGCAAAGACUGCUACAGGCUUUUUGGGGAAAUAAUGACAGAAUUAUAGUAAAUCAGUAGUAAC